AUGUAUUCAGGAAAAAAAAUAAUAAAGCGUUCGAAAAAAAAGCAAACUUAUUUACUUAUUGACGGCGAUAACUUGGAAACAAUAAGAACUGUGUAUAUUGUUAUAGAUCGUCUAAAAUAUCAGUUUAGUUCAGUAACUGAGGCGUCAGGGAAAGAGAAAACCAAGGAAAAGUAUACUCCAAAUUUGGAAAAUGCAAAACAAAAUAUCAAAAAAAAACUUAAAAUUCCAGAAAAAAGAAAAACGGUGGUAAAAACACAAGACCUUGCAGAAUCCGAGUCAGAAACAGAAAACCCUUUUUCCGAGGACGAGGAAGACGAUUGUGCUUGCAUUGAUUGCACACAGAACUUUACAAAAUGUCCAAACGAGAGCUGUAGAAGUGUUUCACGAAACCCGUCAAUAAGCGCUCCAGUAGAGAGUGAAUGGUUGCAGUGCGUACCCUGUGGCUUGCACAGGCGAGGGCAGCUUAUGAUGACCGAAAUAAUCCCUGAAAAAAUUUUACAUGUAAUAGGAAAAAGGUUUCAUGAAACGCGCGAUUUAUGGUCCAUUGACAAAUUUUGUAGAUGCCGUGACUCCAAAGAAAGUGGAAUAAACAAUCCGGAAAACAGAGAAGCAGUGCAAUGUGCACUGGCUAAAAGAAAGACUACCCUACAAUCCUCGAGCAGUGGAGAAGAUUUCUGUAGUGACGAGGAAGAUGAUGCUCUUCAUCUAAGAAGAACACUUCUCGGGCCAGUACCUGUGAAGGAAAAAGAAGCCACAUCCAAAAAUAAGCAUCAAGGUCCAGUAUUGUUAAGGAAUGAGCGGCCGAAUAAAAAGCAGGGCCAAAUUAGGAUAACGACUCAAAUGGUCAGUACAUUGUUGAACCCUGAUAUUCCGCAUUCUUGGCUGUGUGUUGGGAAGCUUUUGAGGCUGACUGAUCCAGGUUGUGAGGAUAACCUCAAAAUGUUCCAGAUUUACGAAGAGUCGCACAAGCUGCGUAAUGUUACGCAGAAGCAUGGAAUGAACUCUGUUUGCGCCGCCUUGUGCGGCAAUUUGGAGAUGGCGGCAGAUAAUAUCUCAAAACCGGCUGUAUUUGGACUGGAAAACAAAUCAUUCCUGUCCAACGUAAUCGACAACAUGGAAGAUGUCACAAUUAAAUCUGUAAUUGAUGCCUCUGAUAAUCAGCCUACUGCGUGUGAAGAACAACAGCCUGCAGCACGUAAAAAACAGUCAAUGGAUUUAUAUUAUGUACUGUUGAAUGAGCAUAUAUCUACAACUAGUAAAGGCUUGCAAGUCAUUGCCAUCUCGAUCCAGGCAGUGGCUGAGGCAAUUAAUAAUGUUGCCUCAGCUAUUCAACAAUCCAAAGAAUAG